AUGUCACUCGACGAGUCGUUCGACCAUUUGGGCCGUGGCUCGCGCCUCGAGUUCGACUCUGACAAUGAUUCUGACGAUGGUGGCCUCCUGGGCUCCACAGCUGGCGACAUUGACUUUUAUACAGUCCUCAACGUAGAGCGAACGGCGAGUGCGGAUGAGAUUCGUAGGGCGUAUCAUCGUAUGUCCAAGUACUUGCACCCGGACAAGCAGGGAGCAUCCGAGGCCUUUCUCCGGGUGGCCAAGGCGUACAAGGUGCUGAGCGACGAGCGGCAGAGAAUGAUCUACGACUUGUUUGGGGAGAAGGGACUCGAGACGUCAUGGGCUCUGGCAGAGACGCUCAAGACGCCUGAGGAGAUGAUGCGAGAGCCGUCGUCGAGCCGUGACUUGGCAGUCGAGCGCCUGCUGGUCACCCAGUCGGUCACUUCGCACAUCUCCUCGCGCGACGCACUGGAGAUCUCAGGCUAUGCCAUGGCCCGCAACGGGCUCGGCGUUGGCGGCGUCGACGUCGGCCUUCGCAGGCAACUCACAGCCAAGACCUGGGGCAAGGUCUCGAUGGGCAACCAGGCCUCGCGGCUUGUUCUGCACUCGGACUUUACCGAGUACGCCUUUGGCGAGGCCAUGGCCUCGUACUCGUGCCGGCCCAACUCGCCGGCCGGCUUUGACUGGGCACUGCUCCUCGGCCGUCAGAUGACCGAGGCCUUUCUGGCCACGGUCUGCUUCCGGUUCGGCCUCCGCGACUCGGUUGAGGUUGCCGUCACCUCGAACGGUAGCAAGGCCGAGUCACAGGCCCGCGUCUCGGUUGAGGUCUCGCCCGACGACCUCUCGUUGAGCAUCAAGUAUGGCCGCAAGCUCUCGAGCUCGUCGACCGCGCUCGCCGAGGCUUCGGUUGCCAUGCGCGGCGGCGCGAGCGUGUCGCUCGGCGCCGAGCGCGCCGUCUCUCGUCGGUCCAAGGUCUCGCUCGAGCUCGGGCUUUCCGCCACCGAGGGCGUGACCCUCGAGCUCGGCGUCAAGCGCGCCGGCUUUGCCUUUUCGUUCCCGGUCCUCCUCUAUCCGUCGCUGGACCUUUGGGUGGCGGCCGGCGCAGCAGCGCUGCCGAGCGCCGCCGUUGCCGCCCUCAAGGCUCUUGUCAUCAACCCGAACAAGGAGCGCCGCAAGGCCCGCCGCAUCGCGCGCAUGCGCCGCGAGCGCCUCGAGCUCACCCUUGAGCGCGCCGCCGCCGUCGCCGAAUCGAUGAAGACGCUGGCGCCUGUUGCUGCUGAGCGCCGCGAGCGCGAGUCCGCCAAUGGCGGCCUGGUCAUCGAGCAGGCCUGGUACGGCAACAUUGAGGGCAUCACGCCGCACACACCGUCGCCGCACUUUCCGCAGUUCAUCCCUCUCUUUGUCCGCUACCUCUUCCACGGCGUCCUCCACGAGGUCAUCAUCGACGACGACGAGCCGCUUGUCCUCGCCGACCGCGCCCAUGUCGUCGACGACCCGACAACCACUCUAUGGCAUCCGGUCGUCCCGCCGGCCGGCGGGCCCGAGUACCCGGCCAAGGAAUGA